AUGAAUAAUGAUCUAUUAACAAAUAAACAUGGAAAUGUUCAAACACUUCGAAAUAUGUGGACUAAAAAAGUAGAAGAAGAACAAAAAUCAAUAAAACAAAACGUAGUUACUUGUCAAUCAUAUUCACAGAUAUCACAGAAAAAAUUCAUCCAAGAUAAUAUACAAAUUCCUACAAAUAUUGAUAAAACAAUAAUCAACAAUGAAUCGAAGACUAUGAAUGAUAAUGAAAAACCAUCCAAUAUUGAAUCAAUUGAACAAUCAUCAAUUAAUGAGACGGAUGAUUAUUUACCAUUACCUUCACCACCAUCAUCCAUAAUUUUUCAACAUCAAGCUCAAUCAAUUAUAACACCUAAACCAAGUAUUAUUAAAAUGUUUGAUAAUGAUAAAAAGAAAACUUCUAUUAUUCGUGUAAAAAGUAAUGGUAUUCGUCAUUGGCAUUUAGCUCGUCAUGUAUUUCGAAGUGGUCUUAUAUUUAGUUCAUUAAGACGUGCAUCUGAUAGUAUAAUACCAAUAUUAAUGAAAACAAAUAUUGCACAAUAUCAUUCUCGAACAGAAAGUCUUGAUAGUAUUCAUACACAAACACCAUUUCAAACUCUUAUUGAUUAUCUUUCAUAUAAUAAUAAUGAUAAUAUAAAUUUAUUAGAGAAUAAAACUAUUGUUAAACGUACAACAUCAGAUACAUCUGCUUGUAUACAACGAAAUACAUUAGAUGAUACUAUUGCUCAAUAUGAAAUAAUAAUGCGUCAUUUAAAAAAUUAUAAUAAAUUUAAAGAAACAUAUCCAAUACCAACACGAUUAUCAUCAGAAGAAAAAUCUCUAAAUACUAAAAAAAUUCUGAAGAAAAAAAAUGAAUUUAUUCAACAAAAUUCAACAAAUAAAUCAAUAAUUCGAAAUUCACAAACACAAUCAUUAGCAAGAAAUGUUGGACGUACAUUUACAGAAUUUUUUAUGAAUGAUCUUUUAUUAUCAAAUACAUCUCAACCAUUAUCUAAUAUACCAUCAUCUAUUAAUACUAUUCAUACUGAAUCACAAACUGAACCAAUUGAAAUAAUACAAAUAACUCAACCAAUUCAAUUAAUUGAAAAAUCUCAAUCAAUUCCUAUAGAAGAAACAAAUGCUGUUAUCAAUGAACUUGAUAAUAUUCUUGAUAAUACUGAUACAGAAGUUCCAUUAACUCCUAAUAGUGAAAUCAAUGUUAUUAUUAUUAAUUCUUCUAACAUAGAAGAAGAAAAUAUUGCACAAUCGAAAGAAAAACCACUUAUGCAACGUUUAUUUGAAGGAAAAAAGACUGCAUAUACAUCAAAUGAUCUUCAUAUGGAAUCAGUUCGAAUACCUGAAGAAUUAAUGCAAACAUAUGAAAUUGCAAAGAAAAAAUAUUUUCUCUCAUCAGAACAACUUCUAUAUGCAACAAAAAUGAUUAAAAUUGAUCGUCGAGGUUAUAAACAACAUAUUCGACUUUUAUGUUUAACAUCAGAACAAGUUUAUAUUAUAACAAAAAAAGAUCCAUAUCCAAAAGAAGCUCUUUUUCUCAAAGAUAUUCUUGGUAUUACUUGUACACCAUGUAAAGAUGGUUUUAUAUGUCUUCAUACAAGAGAAACACGUGAAGAUCGAGGUGAUUGGAUUUUUCUUAUUGAUCAUCCAUGUGAAUUUAUUACACAACUUUUUAUGGCUAUGAGACGAAAUCAUAAUGAUGAUAAUUAUCUCAAAAUUGAGCCUAAAUUUAAACAUGAACGUCGAAGUACAGGUACAGCAUCUGAUGAAUGUUUAAUUGAAGUUCGUCCGUCGAAUAAAUUUUAUAUUGCAUUCGAAAAUUAUGAAGUUUUUGUUAUUUAUACAUCUUAA